GUGUAGGGGCAGGGACGUGAAACUAGGGUCAGUGCAGAAAAUAGCUACUCGUUCUGAAACCAACAUUUACCUGUGCGUGUAAUUAUGAAAAGCCUUAUAUAUAGAGAACCAGCUAACUUUUCAGAAGAAGAACGCUGGGAGCGCCACCACAAUCGGCGAACGCGUUUUUAGAUAUUUAAGAAGCUGGUGUUGAUAAUGGCGAGCCAAAGAAACAAAGGUAUGUUUAGAGUUUCAGUCUGUGGUCAAGAACAGAUUGAGCAGUUGUCGAGAGAUGGAAGCCAUUACAGUCUUUCAACCGGAGUUCUUCCGUCGCUUGGAGCAAGAAGUAACCGGCGAGUCAAGCUCAGAAGAUUCGUUGUUUCGCCUUAUGAUCGUCGUUACAGGGUUUGGGAGACUUUUCUUGUCCUUCUGGUUAUCUACACUGCUUGGGUGUCGCCAUUUGAAUUUGGAUUCCUUAGAAGGCCAGAGAAACCGCUUUCCAUUAUUGAUAACAUUGUUAAUGGAUUCUUUGCCAUGGAUAUUGUUCUCACUUUCUUCGUAGCUUACCUGGACAAAGCUACGUACCUACUUGUUGAUAGUCGAAAGAAGAUUGCUUGGAAAUAUACAAGUUCCUGGUUUCUCUUUGAUGUCAUUUCCACAUUGCCAUCUGAACUUGCUCUGAAAAUUUCUCCUAAGAAGCUCCAGUCAUAUGGCUUAUUUAACAUGCUUCGCCUUUGGCGUCUCAGAAGAGUUAGUGCUUUAUUUUCCCGAUUGGAGAAAGACAGGAACUACAAUUAUUUUUGGGUUCGAUGCUGUAAACUUAUUUUUGUCACUCUGUUUGCGGUGCAUUGUGCUGGAUGCUUCUAUUAUCUUAUUGCUGCACGUCACCAUGAUCCACACAGGACCUGGAUUGGAGCAUCCCUUGGAGACAACUUCAUUGAACAGAGCAUUUGGACUCGAUAUGUGACUUCAAUGUACUGGUCUAUCACUACACUAACAACUGUUGGGUAUGGGGAUUUGCAUCCAGUGAAUGCAGGGGAGAUGAUCUUUGACAUCUUCUUUAUGCUUUUCAACCUUGGAUUGACGGCAUAUCUGAUUGGUAACAUGACCAACUUGGUUGUCCAUGGAACUAGUCGAACCAGAAAAUUUAGAGACACCAUUCAAGCUGCUUCAAGUUUUGCUCAGAGGAACCAGUUGCCUCUUCGCCUACAAGAUCAGAUGCUGUCACAUUUGUGUUUGAAGUUCAGGACUGAUUCUGAGGGACUCCAGCAGCAAGAGACUCUUGAUUCUCUUCCUAAAGCCAUCCGAUCAAGCAUUUCGCAUUAUCUUUUUUACUCUCUCAUGGACAAGGUGUACUUAUUUCGUGGGGUUUCCAAUGACUUGCUUUUCCAGCUGGUCUCAGAGAUGAAAGCUGAGUAUUUUCCUCCAAAAGAAGAUGUCAUUUUGCAAAACGAAGCACCAACAGACUUCUACAUCCUUGUCACUGGGGCUGUGGAUCUAUUGGUUCUCAAAAAUGGAGCUGAUCAGGUUAUUGGCGAGGCUAAAACUGGUGAACUUUGUGGAGAGAUCGGGGUUCUUUGUUAUAGGCCGCAGCUUUUUACAGUGCGGACCAAACGAUUGAGCCAGCUAUUACGGUUGAACCGUACAACAUUCCUGAAUAUUGUUCAGGCUAAUGUUGGUGAUGGGACGAUAAUCUUGAAUAAUCUUCUCCAGCAUUUAAAAGACCUCGAAGUCCAGGACCCAAUGAUGGAGGGAAUUUUGUUGGAGACUGAGAACAUGCUAGCUCGUGGGAGAAUGGACCUACCUCUCAGUCUAUGUUUUGCUGCACUUAGAGCUGAUGAUUUACUGUUGCAUCAACUGUUGAAACGAGGCCUUGAUCCAAAUGAAUCAGAUAACAAUGGAAGAACACCUCUGCAUAUAGCUGCAUCAAAAGGAAGUGAGAAUUGUGUGCUUCUUCUACUUGAUUAUGGUGCAAAUCCUAACUGUAGAGAUGCGGAGGGGAAUGUACCGCUAUGGGAGGCAAUGCUGCAUGGUCAUGAACAUGUGAUCAAACUUCUUAUGGAUAAUGGCGCAAACCUUAAUUCUGGAGAUAUGGGUCACUUUGCGUGUACUGCUGCUGAGCAGAAUGACUUGGAAUUACUAAAAGAAAUUGUUCGGCAAGGAGGGGAUGUCACAAAACCUAGGAACAAUGGCUCCACUGCUCUCCAUGUUGCAGUUUGUGAAGACAACGUUGAAAUAGUCAAAUUUCUUUUGGAACAAGGUGCUGACAUUGACAAACCAGAUGUCCAUAGCUGGACCCCGAGAGACCUAGCUGAUCAACAGGGACAUGAAGAGAUAAAACUCAUCUUCCAAACUUUUAAAGAGGAGAGUAAAAGUCAACCUACUGCAUCAACUCCUAGGCAGUCGCAGGGAGUUCACUACCUUGGGAGGUUUACAAGUGAGCCAGUUAUUAGUGCUUUAAAACAAGAUGGCUCGUUCCAAUCUACAGAUUCACCAUGGAGCCAAAGUUGUCCACGGCACAGGAGUAAUAACUUCCACAAUUCACUAUUCGGAAUAAUGUCAGCUGCUCAGACUGCGGAAAAAGACUUACUGUUUUCAGUUAAUCAUCCUAAACAUCCCGUGAAUAAUGGUGUUAAUUCUGCUAGAGUGACAAUUAGUUGUCCGGAGAAGGGAGAAGUCGCAGGAAAGCUUGUGUUGCUUCCAGCAAGCAUGCAAAAACUACUUGAAAUUGGUGCUAAAAAAUUUAAGAUCUCACCAGCUAAAAUUGUAAGUAAAGAAGGAGCUGAAAUUGAUGAUAUAGAUGUUAUUAGAGACGGUGACCAUCUUAUUUUUGUCAGCGAUGGUGACCAAAACUCCUUGAACCAGGGGUUUUGUAGUAAUCGAAUAUACAGUUAAUGUGUAAAUUUUGUUUUUGUUGUAUUAUGCUACAAGCAGGGUGGAUCAAAAGAUGGAUGAGUCACCUUCUUAUUAAUUGCUUAAUUCAGUUUUAAAUAUGAUGAAUCGAAAUGUUAAAAGGAAA